GAUGUGAGAGCCGCCCCUAUUUGACCCUUCCAUUAAAGCCCUCUUCAGGACCUCGGUGUUGAGCCGGCUGGGUUGGUGACAAAUUAACAUUGUCACCAUCGAUGACCAAACUCCCUGUCAGAAUCAAACAGUGAUCAUACGUAAGUUCAGACGGGGGCUUUGCAAACCCCAACCCAUAAACACCUUCGUUCACAGAGCCAAGGCGAACGAGGCGGUUCCAGACUUCCAGUCUCUUCCGUGGCCUACUAAAAGAAUAAUUAGCUUAAUUUAAUACAUACCCACUUAGAGAAAAAGAAGGAAAAUGGAGCGUGAGGAGCCAUUGCGGAAAAUGUCGUCGUCGUCAUCAUCCCCAUCGUUGUGCGAAUCAGAAGAGGAGGAGCUCAAGCGCAUGCCAUUGACGCCACCACCAAAGAAGAGCCAAAAGCGCCUGUCAAAGCAACUCUCCAUGUGCGAGACCUCGCGUGACAUUGAAUGGGAGAGGCGACGCCACCGGUUUCUUAGACAGGAGCGCAAAAAGAAUGUCAUUAACGAUUUCGAUAGUCUCACUGACGAGGACUUGCAUGAGCUCAAAGGGUGUAUAGAGCUUGGGUUUGGGUUCAACGAGGAAGAUGGUCAGGAACUAUGCAGCACUUUGCCUGCUCUCGACCUUUACUUUGCAGUGAAUCGACAAUUGCCAACGAGUUCUGUCUCGACUCCGCAAAGUCGUGACUCAUUAUCCCCACUGGGUGGCCGGUCUUCAACUUUCGGGAGCCCAAGGAGUGACUCGGAUUCAUGGAAGAUCUGUAGUCCAGGGGAUAAUCCUCAACAAGUCAAGGCCAAGUUGAGGCAUUGGGCACAAGCAGUUGCUUGUUCUGUGAUGCAGUCAUUUUGAAAGAUUGGAUAACUUGUAUAGCUAGACAAAUCAUUCUAGAAUAAGGCAGAAAGAGAGAACACAAACGGGGCAGAGAUAGAGAGAGACGGUGCUGCUUUUAGCUUUCAAGUUAAUUUCCUAUAAUAGUACUGUGCUGUUCAUACCAUUGUCAACAAGAAAGAAUGGUACAGCUCAAUUUCCGGAGAGUUUUUCUAUAGAGGCAUGAGGAGUUCAUUAGCAUUGACGUUGAAAACGUUGUUUAGAAGAUUCUGAUUUUCCCCAAUUCUGUUUCUGCUCAUCUUGAUCUCUUUUUGUUUGGAAUCCUAUAAAUAGCUCGAUCGGGUACUACAAAACCCUUCUGCAACCAAAUUUAGUGUCAGGCUUGUGUAAAUGAAAGCAUCAUUGGCAAAUUGAAUCCUAGUAUAUCACGUACUGUUGAGAUGAACAAUUAAAGGAAAAUACCAUACCAUCUUUUU